GUCUGCUCAUCCGCAGCACCUGCCUCAUCAGUGACCAAUUACCAGUGUCGUAUCAUUUCGACUCCUCAUGCGGGUUUCAUCCAUUUCCGCCCUCCAGAGACUGACCUCUUUGCGAGCUGCCUCUCCCUCACUUCACAUUUCUGUCAAGACCGUCAGACUGCGAAACCACUUCCCUUUACCUGCGAAACCCUGCCGGCAGAGAUUUUCUACCAUGAACGCCCAGGAGCUCACCCAUUACCUGGCCGACGCGCCGCCCUCGGUCGUGAGACUGGAGAUCGAGAAGCACUUUGAGCCCCUCACCGACAAGCAGAAGCGCUACGCGCACUUUAUCAGCAAAGCCUCCUUUGCUGGUAGCCGUAUCGUGCUCAGACAGCUGUCCCCGGAGUCGGAGCCCAUCUACGACUUCAUCAUUGCCUUGCAUAAGUCGAGUGGAGGCGACUGGAACAGCCUCGCCAAGAAGGCCGGUGUCGAUGAGACUCAACUGUCAUACUUUCUUGAGUAUGCCGCCCAGUUCUUGGGGAACAAUGGUAACUACAAGAGCUUCGGCGACGCCAAGUUCAUCCCCAGGGCCGAGGAGAAGACCUUUGCUGCUUUCGCUGCCACCUCGCCCAAGGCUGAGCGUUUCUACAAGGCGACAAAUGGCGCCAUCUUCAGCUCCGACAAGCAGGCUCUGAUGCACCUCGGAUACCCUGACAAGGGCCACAUGACUACCUACUACCCCGACUCACCUCACAUCACCCAGAAUGAAAUCGAGGCCGUGUCUGCAUGGAUGGAGAAAAAGCGUCUUCUCCCCGAGAAUACCCGUCUUCGCAAGACCAAGGAGGGCUCCUUUGAGCUUCUUAUUGCGUCUGCCGUCACCAGUGUUCCCACUGAGGGGGGUGAUAUCGGCAAGGAGACCGAGUUCCAGCUCGAAGGCGACCUUCUCAAAGGUAAGACGAUCAAGCUAGUGUACGGCGACUACGCCGAGGAGAUGAAGGCGAUUUCCGAGUAUAUCAAGAAGGCACAGGAGAACAGCAGCAACGAGAUCCAGGCGAAGAUGCACGAGGCCUACGCCAAGUCUUUCUCAUCCGGCUCUCUGCUUGACUUCAAGGACAGUCAGAGAUACUGGAUCAGAGACAAGGGCCCCAUGGUUGAAUCAAACAUUGGUUUCAUCGAGACCUACAGAGACCCCGCUGGUAUCCGUGGGGAGUGGGAGGGCUUUGCUUCAGGCACGUACACUCACCAUCCCUUCUUGGACAGAAUACUGACUACUUGUAGUUUUGAGCGUACACGUGCUUUCGGCGAGCUUGUGUCCUCUGCACCUAAGUUAAUCCCUCUCCUCCCUUGGAGUCAGGAUUUCGAGAAAGACAAGUUUCUUUCGCCCGACUUUACCUCUCUCGAGGUCUUGACCUUUGCCGGCUCGGGCAUUCCUGCUGGCAUCAACAUCCCCAAUUACGAUGACAUUAGACAGACAGAGGGCUUCAAGAAUGUUUCUCUUGGCAACGUCCUAAGCGCCAAGGCUCCCAACGAGAAGAUUCCGUUCAUCUCGGAAGCCGACCUGGAGCUGUACCACAAGUACAGGGACCCUGCAUUUGAGGUCCAGGUUGGCCUCCACGAGCUGACUGGCCACGGCUGUGGAAAGCUGCUCCAGGAGACCUCUCCUGGAACUUUCAACUUCGACGAGAAGAACCCCCCUGUCAGCCCCUUGACUAACAAGCCUGUCACCACGUGGUACAAGCCUGGCCAGACCUGGGGAUCUGUCUUCGGCAGCCUUGCUGCUUCGUACGAAGAGUGCCGUGCUGAGCUUGUGGCUAUGUAUCUUGGUUGUGAGUUCCCCGUUCUCAAGAUCUUUGGCUUCGGCGACGGAACCACGGACAUCAACAACGAGGCCGGCAACGUCCUAUACGCUGCUUAUCUCCAGAUGGCCCGUGCCGGCCUUGUCUCUCUGGAGAUGUGGGAUCCCAAGAGCCAGAAGUGGGGCCAAGCGCACUCCCAGGCUCGCUUCUCUAUCCUGCAGUGUUUCCUUCAAGCUGGUGAUGACUUUUGCAAGUUGGAGUACAAGAACGACGACUUGUCUGACCUUGAGAUCAAGCUGGACCGCUCCAAGAUUUUGACCACUGGUCGCGAUGCUGUGGGCAAGUACCUCCAGAAGCUUCACGUGUACAAAGCCACUGCCGACGUCGAGAACGGCACAGCAUUCUACAAGGAGAUGACCAAUGUCGACAUGGACUUCUGGGGCACCAAGGCCAGGAACGUCGUUCUGAAGAACAAGCAACCCCGCAAGGUCUUCGUUCAGGCCAACACAUUUCUGGAUGAGGCGUCGGGCAAGGUCAGCCUGAAGCACUACGAGGCGUCUCCAGUCGGCAUGAUCCAGAGCUGGGCCGACCGCGAGUUGUGACUAAGCUCAGUACACCUCGAUACGUCAGCUGCCAAGUUAUAAAGGGCUCUCCAGUCGACCGUGCGUAAGGAGAGAGAAAAGGGGGCGGCAUCAGUUGUAAAAAACACACUUAAUACCAAUGUCACCGAAAACAUCGAAUCAAGUACCCGAGAUAGAUGGUCACCGCAGUACAGCAAGCCAAUCUGUGAAGGCAUGUGGAGACGAAGUAACAUUUCAUUUCCUUCCAUAACUGAUUAGUCCACGUCUGUAAUUCGGCUUCUUGUUCGCUUCAAAUAUUGA